CAUGUGCUGAUGGUCUGCUGUUUGUCCUUUAGCCGCUGCUGCUGCUCACAGGGCGCUUAUUCCCGCUGUGCUGAGAUUACACUCCUGCAGUCCGGUGGAGGGGUUCUGAGUUGUGUAUUUACUCUGUAAUCAGGACAGGAGCCUCCUGAAGGUGGACAUGACAGCUCGAGGUACUCCGAGUCGCUUUUUACAGAGUGUGCUUCAUAACGGAGUGGGUCGGUAUGUCUGCCAGCUGAAGCGCGUCUCUCUGAUCUUCUCCAAGAACGCACAGAGCUCUUUAGGGGUCAGGGAUUUCAUUGAAGAUGGUGUAGUUGACUUUGCUAAGAAGAACCCAGGAGUUGUGGUCUACGUCGAUCCCCAGUCCUGCAGGAUUCCAAAAGUAGUUGCUGAAUAUCUCAAUGGUAAUGUGAAGGAAGAGCUUGUCACCAAUCAAACAUCACAGCAGAUUGCAGAACUGAUUACUAAGAUGGCCAACCAGUCAGGUCUGGAUAUCAUCCGCAUCCGAAAGCCCUUCCACACAAACUAUCCCAGCAUCCAGGGUCAGUGGCAUCCCUUCACCAACCAGCCACCCAGCAAAGAUCCAGUUGGACCACAGACCAAAUGAGGACUCAACAUAGUAUUUUAUUUAUGCUGCACUGGUUAUUUGCCCACCUGUUGUAUAAGAAUAAAAGCUCUUUUUGUACUCCAACACAGUGAGAGAAUUGAACAGUGCCUAUGCCUGCAUAUAUUAUAGUGCUGUAUUUCAGUUAAAGCAGCACUGACCACUGCAGGCCUCACUGGAUAUCAACUUUACUGUUGUGGUGUUCCUGUUUUGUGAUGGUUAUGUAAAAAGCAGCGUGACCAUUUUUGUAUUUUGUAUGGAAUAAAAUCUAGACCAUGAGGCUCAGAUGGCUAAAAAUGGCAAAGGUUCAUUUGUGAGCUUGUAUUGCACAUAUACUUUUGUAUUGGAAAAUGUGUAGUUCAAAGUAGAAGAAAUCAUAACCAUUAAAAAGUGACUGAGUUUAUUAUCA